AUGAUUACGGCUGUCGAAGAGGCUGUUGUUGAAGCUGAUGGUGUACGAGAUUUAGUAGUGAGCGGUGAUGGUGCAUGGCUUACUCGAGGAUACUCUAGUCUUCAUGGAAUCGCUACUUUAUGUUCAACAACAGCCAAACCAAAAGUUAUAGAUACUAAUUGGUGCUCUAAAACGUGUACUAAAUGUCAAGGGGCAGAAAGCCUACGUCGUGUUAAUUUUGAUUUAUUUAAAACAUUUCAGGAGAAUCAUGAAUGUCAAUUAAAUUUUACAGGAACAUCAGGUGCAAUGGAAAAAGAAAUGAUUCGUGAAAUGUUUUGCCGAUCCUUAUCAAAAUAUAAAAUUAAAUAUAUUUCAUAUAUUGGAGAUGGUGAUGCUAAAGUCCAUAGUUUUCUAACAAGUAACUCACCAUAUCUUGGCGUAAGAUAUUAUUCUGCUGAGUGUUUUGAUCGUCUUAGUUCAAUGAGAAAACGUUUCAAUUUAAAAAUAACAAACAGACGUAAGAAAAGAACAAUAGCAACCGUAACAUCAACAACUUCUGCUGCUAAUGAUUCUUUCAGUGAAAGCGAUGAUGAAAUGUUAUUCAUGCUUAAUGAUAAAGAUUCUAUUGAUAUUACUCAAGAUUUAAUAGGAUUGGAUCUACCAGAUGACGAUACAAAUACUGACUAUGAACCUGGAGGAGAUGAUUAG